CGACACUGACAGGUUUAAGGUUGCAGUUUUCUAGCCGGGUAAAAUCCCUAUUCUCGCCGCAGUUUCUAGCCAGGUAAAAUCCUUAAUUCCGCCGCAGACACCCUCCUCGACGUUGUUGAACGCAACAAAAGGCCUGGGGUUUUUCCCUUUUCUCUCGCGCUUCCUUUCCAUUUCCUCAUGGGUGCCAGAAAAAUGAUUUUCUUCCAGCAACCUUUGCUCUGCCAAAAUCAGGUGAUAAAGAUGCAUUUAUUGUAAAAUUGAUGGAAUUCAUAACACUUUACAAUUGAAACGGAGAAGUUGUGAGGUUUCUUCUAAUUAUUAGGGUUUGUAAUCAUAGACAUUUAUUAGAAUAAGGGAGGGGGAAAGGUUUUAGGAAUGUACGGUUCUUAGCCUUCUUGGUGUUUAGGUGACAGCCAUAUAUAUGUACGCAUCUACCACCUCAGUACUGCGUAGGUAUUUUUUGAAAUUCCCAGAGUGAUUUGUGAGCAUUGUCAUCCCAUCAAUAUGUCUGUAGCUAGAGCUAUACGCAGUGACAAGAAAGUUACUUUUGUUCCACUCCAAAAGCUUUCUGCACCUGCCAGCGAUUUGCCAAUUUUGGUGCGUGUUUGCAGACUUUGGGAUGCGUACAGCGUGAAGAACAAUACAGAGCUUCUUAGUACUGAUAUGGUUUUGAUAGAUGAGGAGGGUGCCUAUAUCCAUGGCAUCAAGGGCAAUUUAUCCCAUUUGUUUCGUAACACGAUUGUUGAAGGCGGGAUAUAUUCUAUAAACAAUUUUGGAGUUACUGAAAACAGAAACAGCUUUCGCGUUGUUGGAGACAGCAAAAUCAUGAUCCAGAUGAAUGCUACUUCAAUUGUUAGACCCGCACCUGCCCAGGUUACAGACAUUCCACUGCACCGUUUUGAUUUUCUGGAUUUUGACAAAGUUCCCAUGAGGUUGGGCAAGGACUACAUCCUAACAGAUGUAGUGGGACACGUCUGUGGCGAGGGCGAGGUUACAGACAAAAAGGUUUAUAACAAUACCUUGAAAAGCCUCAUGUUAGAAUUGCAAGAAUUGAGUGGUGCAAAGUUGAGAAUAACACUUUGGGGCAGGAGUGUAGCCGAUUAUAUUACCCAGAAAACUGCAAUUCCGGCUUCUGUAAUUGUUGGGGUGUUCACAUCAAACUUGGUGAAAGAAUAUAUGAAACGCACUACAUUGUCCACAACCACUGCUACAAAGGUGUUCUUAGAUGUUGCUAUUGACGAAGUUGCUGCACUAAAAAAUAAGUAUAGUGAGGAGAAGACGCUCAAACCACUCUUGGUUGAAAGGGCUGUUGUAGACCAGGACACAGUCCUUGCUGGGUUGAAUACCAUUGCAGAGAUUUUGGCUAUUGCAUCAACCGACUUCAAAAAUGGUGUAACGUAUUACUGUCAUGCAUUGAUACAUAAUAUAAGCAACAACAAUAGUUGGUAUUAUAACUCAUGCGGACACUGCAAGGGGAACUCAAAGUUUUGGUGCAAAAAAGAUUCCAAGUUAGUUGAUGAUGCUGUCCCAAGGUAUCGACUUGAAGCCAUAGUUAAGGAUGAGACCGAGGUUACUAAGUUCAUUAUAUUUGAUGAUGAAGCUGAAAAGCUUAUAGGCCAAUCUGCUAUUAGCCUGUACGAUAUGGAAGAAAAACUUGAGGAUGAGGAAACACAAGGGCAGUUACCUGCAUUGAUUACCAAUCUGAUUGGACAGAGGUUUGUGUUUCAUGUGAAACUCACUGAAUACAACAAAACAGCAUACACACAGAGUUUUGGAGCAAAUAAAGUUCACAAGGAGUCUAUAAUUGGUCCAAUGAAAAAUAAAGAGACACCUCAUGAAGCUUCUGCCAGUGCCACCCCAAGUUCACCUGCCAUAGACAACACUCCAAAUAAGAAAAUGCGUUUAAGUGAGAACACCGAUGGUGCUAUUGGAACGGCUUAAACCUCAGAAAGCAGAACAUCAAAGCAGCGGAAACUACAGAGCUAUUAUGGAAUAAAGUUUCUACAAAUAAAGUUUUACGGUGUGACCAGUAUUACUGUUCCCACGUAAUUUUAGAGAGUACUUUUACAACUAAAAAAGUAGAGAAAGAGACAGCACACACUGUAAACUGUCCACUACCACUCUUUAUUUUUCUUUUCAAAGACAGUACUACGUUCUGUGUACUUCUCCAUGACUCCGUAUUUUCAUAAUGAGAAUAAGUCAUUUAUCUUUUA